AUGACCAAUACUCAGCAAGAGCACGAGGCUGGCUUCCGCCUGCGCAGCGAUGUCUGCGUUCGCGUUGUGCAGGACACUACCAAGGUCGAUGGUCUAGGCGGCGAAGUGUGGGCGGGUGCGCUUGUCCUCUGCGAAUUCCUGGAGACGCACAAACAGGAGGUGGUGCAUGGACGCGAUGUGAUCGAGCUUGGCGCUGGCUGCGGGUUAUGCGGGUUAGUUGCCGCCUCACUAGGUGCCAGAAAGACCGUGUUGACAGACGAAUAUCCUGAUUUGCUGGCGAAGAACAUCAUGAAGAACCAUCACAUCUGGGCCGAGCGUGGGGCUGACGGCUCCUCCGCCAUAAUCUCGAGUGGGGAGCUGGAAUGGGGUAUCGUGGGGUCUGUCGCGCCAUUCGCCCACAAGUUCGACACCAUGCUCGGCAGCGAGAUCACACAGAUGCACAGCUUGACAUUCGUAGCCGCCGCAAAGCAGACAGGUUCCACUGUACGCACACACCCGUCAGACGACUGGAGCGUAAUCUUUGAGCUACGGUAG